AUGUCCUUCACCGCGUCAUCCUCGCGCGUUCUUCGAUCGCGAGCCAUACCGCUGGUAGCCGCGUCCACCUUAUCGAUAUCGAUCUACGCGGUGUACAAUUACUCAUUCCCUUUGAGAGCCGACUCCGAGACGCCGCCAGCGCCCUCUGCUUCAUCUACAUCAGCUCUCAUAAAACGUCAAAAUGCCAUUCUGGCAGCGUCACCUGGACCACACACACCGAUAGCUUGGGGCACCAACCGCUACCUGACCUUGUCAUCUGAUCAAUCCACCACUGUCUUAAAGAAGCCCACACCAUUAUCUCGACUUGGAUCCACGCCGUACCGUGAUAUUGUGCUUGCGGAACAGUAUGGUGCUUGUGUGGAUGCGAAUGGAGAUUUGUGGAUGUGGGGAGCGGGAUACGACCCAUCAGGCGAGAUGGGAAAAUCUCUAAAGGGCAAGCUGAUUGCGCUCAGUUCAAGUGGAAAGCUUUACGCCGUUUCUGCGUCUAAAGCGUUCCAGGAUCAGAAAAUCUACAAGGAAGAAAUGUCAUGGUGGUCUUGGCUCUUUGGCUCAUCACCAGGUGUGGAUUUCAUUGAGCUCAAACCCGAAUCUAGCCUGAAACGUGGAGAGAGGUGGAAGAGCGUCGCUGUCGGCACCCAUCAUCUUCUAGCAGCGACAACUAAAGGUCGAACAUUCUCUCUACCCUUGACCCCGGCUGCAAACUCCCACCGUCAACUAGGCACCAACGAAGAAUUUAGCACAUCUUUCCCCGUUCCUUCGUCCCCGCAAGCGCUCAGUAAGGUCUCUGAGCUUCCUCCGGAAUCAGACAUCCGGUUCGCCACCAGGUUGAAGGAGAUUCACCUGCUCAAAGGCAUCAACGUAGCUCAAGUUGCGGCCUCUGACAGGACGUCAUUCAUGCGAACAUCCAAUGGGAAAGUCUUGGGCUUCGGAGCGAAUGAAGCUGGGCAAAUCGGUCUUGGAACAGGUGGCACGAUCGAGAUAAUCCAGGUUCCCGUGGAGAUAGUUCUGGCGAAGAACUACCCAAGCGGUACCUCUGUGGAAUGUAUCGAUGUCGUUGCGGCAGGUCAAUCGACAUUCUUCACCGUGAGGCGGGCAACGCCGGGCUCCAGUACCCUGAUCGACUUACUCUCCUGUGGAAAUGGUAUGUCGGGAUCAUUGGGCAACGGUCUGUGGUCAUCGGCUGGAUUCGCUCCCGUCAAAGUGAAAACCGUCAGUGGUCUCCAAGAAUACUCUGAAAAGACGAAAUCAUUCGUUCCCGUCGAAAUCCACUCCAUCUCCGCCGCUCCAUCAUCUGCCGCUCAUGUCUUCGCAGUGCUUGACACAGUAGCCCAAGCUGACAAGGAUGGCUUACAGAAGGGUCUCUACGGGCGCGACGUAAUGGUAUGGGGAGGUAACGGGGACUAUCAACUGGGGAACGGAAAGCGAUCGAGUCUAGCCGUCCCUCAACAUCUCCUGCCGAUAAUUCCAAGGCUCUUGAGUGGUACCGCUGCAGUGACCGCAGAAUCAGGUCUGAGCUCGGGCACUCUGUCGCCCAUGCCUCACUCUCGGCUCCAGCUGCAUGACGGCAAAGCUAAUGCCUAUGAUCCAGAAGGCAAGCUUUUGAAGAGGAACGUGAAGUAUGAGGAGACAGUAGUGGCAGGUUGGAACGCAUCAGUGUUGUACAAUAAGAUCAAGCUUUAG